AUGUCGACGUCGUUUGACCCGUACGAUUGGGCAUCUCUCUAUUUUGGAAAAAUGGGUCGCGACGAAGCUGCUCGUAUUCUGUCUGAACCCGAUGUUUCAAUCGGAACCUUCUUGAUACGCGAUAGUUCAAGACCUGGUGAUUAUUCAUUAAGCGUCAGAGAGUCGGAUGAAGAGAACAAAGUGCGUCAUUACCUUAUAGAAUCGAAAUCUGGUGAAAAUGGUACAAGGCAAGUCAAAAUCGCCGACCAUGAAUUUGUGGAUAUCCCGACGUUGCUGAAUCACUUCAAAAUACAUAUACUUGAUAAGACAUCGCUGACAGUUCCGUAUCGCAAAGGACAAAUCGAGCAGGUAGUGGGGAUAUACCGCUUUGAGGGUGAGCGUGAGACGGAUUUGUCCUUCGAGAUGGGCGAGACGCUUGAGAUCAUUGCAAAACCAGAACCGGGAUGGUGGCAGGCACGAAAUGCACUGAAUGCCACAGGACUUGUGCCUGCAGUGGUUAUCAAUCCAGUGUUUAGUAACUGCGAUCGUCAACUAAAAGGGCACAGCCAGUCAUCGUUAGGCAGUUCCGUUGGCGAAGAGCGAUUCAGUGGCUUCUCCACGAACAGUGAUUCCACUGAAGAGCGAUAUGAGCCCCCACUACCCGCGGUUGCAAAGGCUAUCUUCGAUAGACAGCCGAAUGCGUACGACCCUAGUCAGCUGAAAUUGAAAAAAGGACAGCAAGUUCGAAUUACGAAAAAACUUAUGAAUGGAAUGUACGAAGGAGAAUUGGAUGGAAAAGUUGGUAUAGUGCCGUUCACCUAUGUGCGGUUUGCUAAAGCAGACGCUAAGUAG